AUGACGGGCGUCGCGGCGGCCUCCUUCUUCUCCAACGCGUGUCGCUUCGGCGGCUGCGGGCUGCACUUCGAGUCCCUAGCCGAGCUCAUCGUGCACAUCGAGGACAACCACAUCGACACAGACCCAAGGGUGCUGGAGAAACAGGAGCUGCAGCAGCCCACGUAUGUUGCCCUGAGCUACAUUAACAGAUUUAUGACUGAAGCAGCUCGCAGGGAGCAGGAGAAUCAGAAGAAGAAAGUCCAGCCUAAACUUGCACUGUCAGUCACUGGAGGCGUGUCCCGAAACAACACUUCAACCCCUCCUCGUCAUAGCAACGGCAGUCUUACUCCGCCUGUGACCCCGCCCAUCACCCCAUCAUCCUCAUUCCGCAGCAGCACACCCACAGGCAGUGAGUGCGAUGAAGAGGAGGUGGAGUAUGAAGACUCAGACAGUGAUGAGUCGUGGACUACAGAGAGUGCCAUCAGCUCAGAGUCUAUCCUCAGCUCCAUGUGCAUGAAUGGAGGAGAUGAGAAGCCCUUCGCCUGUCCAGUGCCAGGCUGCAAGAAGAGAUACAAGAAUGUGAAUGGUAUAAAGUAUCACGCCAAGAAUGGACACAGGACGCAGAUUCGCGUGAGAAAGCCCUUCAAGUGCCGUUGUGGGAAAAGCUACAAAACCUCUCAAGGCCUUAGACACCAUACCAUCAACUUCCAUCCCCCACUGUGAUAACCACACACACACCCCAGACUUUACACCUACCAUUUUGAAACACAUCUUAAACAUUCACCCACAAGCUGUGGGAUAAAAGUCUUGCUUUUCUGUCUUUUUAAACUGUUAUUUUUGUCUGCGUUUAUAUAUUUGUACAUUUUUUGCACAAUCCAUUUCUAUCAUUCCUCUAUAUUACACAAGUCAGUAAAAAUAGAAGAAAGAAAUUACUCAUAGGAUUGGGACACAACGACACUGAAUUGCUUUUAGGGACCUUUUUUUUAUCCUCUUUCAAUUUAAAACUAUAAAUGCAGUAGUACCGCUCAAAAAAAAAGAUGCAAAAGAGAAUUUCUUGUUCUUGAUAAGUUUCUAUUUUUAUUUACUUCCGGUAAAGCACAGCUAAGUAGAGACACAUAUAUGUACAUAAAAUCUAUAAAGAAGCAUUUAGCAUAUAUUAGUAGCUAUACUUAAUAUCCAAACUUUAUAUCAUUUAUUUUACACGAUAUAUUUUAACACAUAUGGAUAUUUUUAUUUCUAUAGAUAUAUAUUACUCAUUUGUAUGUCUAUUUUUUCAUUUUCAUACUUUCUUUUUCAUUGUUUGUUUCUGUCUUGUUUGUAAAGAGUCUGAAUGGGAAAGGCAUUGAUCUCAGGUCACAAUACUGCCGCCAUUUUUACAGACAAUUAAGUACAAACAAGACACAAGGAAUAUUUAUACAGCACUACAGCACCCGGCUCAUUUGUAGAAUGUUCCAUGAAGAAAAUAAUCACAAACUGAAUGAUGGAAAAGAGGAGAAAGGGGGUGAAGGUGUUUUUUUUGUUUUCUCUUGCUAACCUACCAUUGCCAGCAGCGAUAAAGUGCCAAGUUAGUCUUUCCUUUCCCUUCUCACAUUUGAAUUAAAAAAAGAGCUCUGGGUGUCUGGAGGAAUUCAAAAGGAGCAGAUGUAACUCUAAAGUGCAGUUUGCAGUAUUGUGUCGCCAGUGUGUGAAUAUAUAUGAGUGUGUAUGAGUGUCUGCCUUUUUACAUAUCGUGAUUGUCAUCGAAAUUGAUAUUUGUACAUUGUUUUUUUUUUUCUGUUUGAGUAAACAUCUGUUGCCCUCCGCUUGCCUUUUAUCACGGGGCACAGCUUGCUAGCAUGGACUGCCUGCCUAGCUGUUCUGCAGUAUCUCCGCUUGUAGCCUUACUAUGAUGAUAUUAUUUGUUGUCUGAAGUAUUAUACUGUUCCAAUGUUACGUUUCUAACGUGGUUUCUAGUGUUGCAAUCUGUAGUGCCAUAGAUGCAGUCUGUAGGCAGCAUUGCCUGAACAUAUUUUCUCUAGAACAGCUAAGAGCUUCAGACCUUUUGCUGUUGCUCAGUUUAGCAUGCUACGUAUGGUUUACAAUAGAAGUUUGUUUUUAUGCCUAAUUUUCUGCCUAAGGUUAAAGGACUAAAGAACAAGCGUUGUACCCUUUUUAUUUGUUUUUUACUGUUACCACUGUGAAAACAAUUGUCAGAACGCUAAGACAGAGUAGGAAUGGGCAACAUAUCACAACACUUGAUAUCAGCCACGUUUACAUGCAGCCUAAUAAUCCGUUAAUAAUCUGACUAAUAGCCCAAUCGGAAUAGAAUACGUCCAUGUGUACACCUCAAUCGGAAUAGACUAGUUAGAUUGAAGCAAUUCGGAAUACAGUUUCUAUCCGAUUGAACGAGGUGGGUAAUCCUGUAGAUAAUCCGUUGAAUAGAAGAAUAAUAGCCAUGUAAACGCCUGUAUCCAAAUACAUUCCCAAUCGGAACGUGUAGGUCCGUUCUGCGCAUGUGCGUUCGCGUCACAGACCACUGUACACUGUAGUCGUGGUGUCAUUCUGUAGUCGGCGCCAUGCUCUUAUGUCCAUAUUAGGAACUCCGGUUCUAAGCUCCAUUGUGAACAUUCUUCUCUCGAAUACCACUGGAUCCUCUGAAUUACGAGGUCGUUAAAGAGUUGAAAUAUGAAUAUUGCUACAUGUGAGCUAAAGCUACUGCGCACUGAAUUCGCGUCAUUAGACUGACAGCCUCCUUAAUCAGGCUUUGUCAGUGUACAUUUCCAUGUACAGACUGAAGGCAGAUGAAAAGAAGUCAGAACAAAAUCAGCAGGUUUCCCUGCAGUUCUCUGUUCUUCAUCUGAUGCUCAGUGAAACACGAUAGAUCUUUACUUUUAGCUUGAUUUGAAAAGAUCUACAAACGUAUCUGCACUCAGGCUAAUCCAGUACAGACUCAGCUUAAUAUCACUGCUCACCCCUGAUAAACUGAUUUAGGCUCUCAGAAUAUCCUAAUUAUUGUUUUAAUGCUGGUAACAUUUUUCUUAGGACAUUCGCCAGUCCUUAUUUCGAAUUUUUCCGUUCCACCUUAAAUGGUGCAGCAGUCACGUUCUGAAGCUGACUUCAGCUUCAUGGAGGGUUGAAAGGGACAAUAUGAGGAGGUUUCUCUAUUUCUGCUUAACAGCUGAGUAACAUUAACUUAUUUUUGCAGUUUCACCGAACUAACAGGUCAGUAUUUUGUCUCGUUUGCGCAUGUUUGUGAUAGCUAGUCAGAACAGCUGCACCAUUUAAGGUGGAACGGGAAUAUUCAAACAAGAAGCUGCGAAAAAAGAAGCCAAAUUCAGCCUCGCAGUUUUAACACGGGUAGUAUUUUCGAUAAGGAGUUUUAGCCUUUCAAAAUAUCCCACCUAGACGUUUUAUUUACGGGUAUACCUGUAAACAUGCGCUAUGGUAGAAGAUUUUGAUAAGGUAACACAACACGCCAGAGCACCGCCACAGCCCGCCUUAGUUUCUUGAAGCUUAGUGACAUCAAAUUGAUGCGCAGUAGCUUUAGCUCGCUUACAGCAAUAUUAGUAUUAUAGCUCUUUACGAUCUCGUAAUUCAGAGGAUCCAGUGAUAUUCGGGAGAAAAAUGUACACAGGACAAAACGUAUCGAGUUCUGAACAUUUUUAUUUAACACAGGGUGCGAUAGAGGCGAUUUUUCGAAAACCCUAUUCAUUCUGGCUUAGAGAAAUAGAGCUUAGACCCGGAGUUCCUAAUAUGGGCAUAACGAGGACUACAGAAUGACGCACGACUACAGUGCUCUAUAGCGAAAGCAGAGCCGGCUUAUGAGGAGCCUGGCCACUUCCUAUUCCCCCCGUUAUAUCAAAAACAGGACUGCUAAAUAGCAGAGAGCGCCUGCGAGUGAGUCCUCAAUGAAUGGGAGUAAAUAGCGCUCAACGGCUAAAAACGAAAUGUUAAAAUAGUUUCUAAUCACUUACCCAGAACGUUUCUUUAAUUUUAGAAAAUAGAAGGAUGUAUUGCACUAAAAAAAAACAAAGAAAUCCUACCUGUAUAUUUCCUUUUUUCUACAGCAAACGGGUUUUGGG